AUGGCAGCCCGGAAUACCGACCCCGACGAGAAGGUUUACGCCCUCGUCAACUACGAAGACCCUUAUGUCCAACCUCUCAUCCUCGCAGCACUGAAGAAGCGACUACCAGCUUCGGCUCACGAAUUCAUAACUUCGCCAUCCCAACUCCCUAGUCCGUCCUCUCGUUUCCUCCAAUGGGUACAAUAUGAGUCCAUUGACUUUGAUCACCUUAUGGAACACUCCUCGAGCAGCCUAUCCAACGCCUACGUAAUUCGCAAGGCACUCAUCCGGAAACACUACCUCAGUACCACAAUCGCAAAUUGGAUUACCAAGUACCCGGAAAGCGCACUGAAGAAGCACGUCAAACCGAGUGUAGAGUUUGAAGUUGACUAUGCCGAGUUCCUGGACGAUGCGCUGGUAGAAGCAUGGGAGUUGAAAGAGAGCUGGGCGAGGAACGAGGAGCUUGACAGCGCAGAAGAUGGAGAAGAGGCGGCGAAGAAGAAAGAGUGGUGGAUCUUGAAGCCGGGGAUGAGUGAACGGGGUCAAGGCAUCAGGUUAUUCUCAAGUGAAGAGGAACUCACUGCCAUCUUCGAAGAGUGGGAUCCUGAGAGCGAUGAUGAGGAAGAGGAGGAAAACGUCGAUGCAAGAAGUGAUGCUGGCGCUUCCAACACAGACGACCGGAGAGAAGAGAAAGACGAAGGAAACGGCAUCAUAACAUCCCAACUCCGCCACUUCAUUGCUCAACCAUAUAUCCACCCCCCUCUGCUCUUAUCUCCGCCAUCCCUUGCUACCCCUUACUCCUCUUCCUCGCCAGAAACUCUCCGCAAGUUUCACAUCAGAACCUACGUCCUAGCAACUGGCGCCCUGCAAGUCUACGUCUACCGCCCUAUGCUCGCCCUCUUCGCCGCACGCCCUUAUGUACCUCCCUGGGACGCCGCUCUCCAGGAGAACCGCGAAGAAGCCAUGAAAGCGCAUCUCACAAACACUUGUCUGCAGGACAGCGGAGACAGAGAGGGUAGUGUAGGCUUGUUCUGGGACUUGCCCGAAACCAUACCUGGACAACCUCCUUUCACCUCUACAAACGGCAAAACAUUAGAAGUAGGAAAAGGCUGGAAGGAUGAAGUGUUUUCCCAGAUUUUGAAUACUACAUCUCAGACUUUUGAGGCCGCGGCGAGGGGUAUGUCGAUUCAUUUCCAGCCGCUGCCUAAUAGCUUCGAAAUCUUUGGUUUGGACUUCAUGGUUGGGAUAGAGGGGAAUGGGGAGCUGAAUACGUAUUUGUUGGAAGUAAACGCGUUUCCUGAUUUCAGACAGACGGGAGAUGAACUAAGUGGGAUGAUUGAGCGACUUUUCGAGGGCGUGGUGAACAAGGGGGUGGUGCCUUUCUUUGGGCUCAACGUGGAGCAAGAAGGGGAUGACGAGAUGGUCAAGGUCUUGGAUGUUGAUCUGGGCCGGCGGUGA